AUGCUUGUUUUUCUGCUAUUAAGCCUCACCAAAUAUAUCUCAAUUGCUGACGGUGGCUUUGUUUAUGCGAAUAAUGGAGAAUCAGACGAGUUCAACCUCUACAUGACCAACUCUGCCAGUGUUCUGGACGAACUUUUCGCAAAACGAUCGUACAACAAAAAUCACCCACCAAUUUUUGUGCCUAUGCCGAAAAAUUUCUCAGCAAGUAAAACUCGACGUAUGAAGAUCGAAUUCACGCUCAACUACGUGAAACUCUUUGACCUGGAUGCAGAGAAACAAAUGUUUAGUUCGAGAUUGGAGAUUCAAAUGAAAUGGCGUGACCCGAGACUCACCUGGAACGAAACGCAAUUUGGAGGGGUCACCUCAGUUUUGACGACUUCGGACAUGAUAUGGAUAGCCGAUGCCGGGAUUUCUAGUGCCAAAACCCUGGAUGUGGUGAGCGGCCUGGCUGCGCAAACAGUGCAAAUCUAUAGCAAUGGGACGAUCUCAAUGACAACGGCAUACUACGCGGAAACGGCUUGUCCAAUCUAUGCAAAUGUCUUCCCGUUUGAUUCACAGAACUGCAGCAUCGAGAUUCUUUCGCUUUCUUUAGAAACUGAAUGGAUCUCAAUGGAAGCAAGCUUUCUCAAUUUACCCGGACAAUUGGUGGGAAAUGGUGAAUGGGACGUGGUGAAUGCUUCGGCAGUCUUGUUUCCACCAGGAUUGACCGAAGUGAUGCAAAUUGUCACUUUUCUGAUCAUUAUCAAACGUGUACCAAACUUUUAUGUCUACGUCAUCGCUUUGCCGUGUUUCAUUCUGACCGUUUUAUCGAUUAUCGGAAUGUUUUGGACACCGAAUACGAAAAAGGAACAGUUGACAAAACUGAGUAUCGGACUUACAAGUCUUGUCUCAAUCACUGUUUUGAUGGGAAUGUUGGCGGAUGCUAUUCCGAAAACUCAAAAU